AUGUCCUCGUUGGCGUCGCUCCUUCCUGCGCCUACCCGCAAGUCCACACUUCCGGCGGCCAAGGCUGUGGAGGCUCUGCCCUCUGCUGGUCAGGGAGGCAAGUCCAAGGCGCCCGUCCCGGCCUACGGACAGCGGGCCAACUCGGGCUGGGUUCCGCGGACAGAGGCCGACUAUGACGACGGUGGUGCGUAUCCCGAGAUCCAUGUUGACCAGACAACGUCCACCCUCGCCGCAACCGUCGAUGCCUCGGGGACCACGUCGUGGGACGCGGUCGCCCGCGCUGGCCACUCGCAGAGCGUUACCGUGUACUCGGGCCCGAGCGCGCUGAUCGAGGCUGGCGGGGCGGGUGCUGCGCUGGAGCGCCCAUCGGCCGACGACAUUGCUGCCAAUGUCGAGGCCACUCGCAAUGCGCUGAUGAACGUCAAGCACGCAACCAUGACCGACGCCCGCGUCCGUGGCCGUGCCACUCUCGGCGACGCCAACAUGGUCGGUAACGCCACCUUUGUCAAGUACACUCCGCCGACCGCCGCCGCCGCCAAAACUGGCAUCCGGCAACGAGUCAUCCAGAUGGUCGACAUGCCGGUCGACGCGCUCGAGCCGUCGCGCUUCCGCCACAAGAAGCGGCCGGGUGGCCGGCAGAAAGAGGCGCCUGUCCCGAUCCUGCACUCGCCCGAGCACAAGCCGUCCAAGGCCGAGAAGGCCAACCUCAACAUCCCGCCGGCCAUCUCCAACUGGAAGAACCCGCGCGGUGACGCGGUUCCGCUCGACAAACGCCUCGCCUUUGAAGGCCGUGGCCUCGUCGCCCCGGCAAUCUCGGACAAGUUUGCCAAGCUCACCGACGCCUUGCAGAUUGCCGAGGCCGCCGCUCGCGAGCAAGUUGAGGCCAUGGCAAAGGUUGAGAAGCAGAUGAAGCUCAAGGAGCAGGCCAAGGAGGAUGAGACGCUGCGCGAGGUUGCCCGUGAGGCUCGCGAGCGCCGUCGGCUGCAGCAGCUCGCCGGGCCGAGCGCAGCACGCGCUGGUGCCGCCGCUGCAGGUGGCAACCCCAACAUGGUGCCGCUUCCGCCGCGCGACCGCGGCACCCCGCUCGCUCAGGCUGCGCCACUGCGGCCAGACCUCAAGCGCAAGCGCGGGACAAAGACCCAGGGCGGUGCCAGCACUGCCGCCGACGACGGCGCCUACUCGUACUCGUACUCGUACUCAUACUCGGACAACGCCCGCCCGGCCAAGCUGCCACGGGUCUCAGCCGCCCCGGUCGCCGACGUUGCCGCUGCCGCCGAGGACUCUUCGGCCGCUGCCGCCCCGGUCUCGGCCACCUCACGCGCCGAGCGCGACGCCAUCCGUGAGGAGCGUCGCAAGCAGCGCGAGCGUGAGCGCCGCCGUGCGGCCUCGGGUCAAUCGCGCGACGCCACCCGUGACAUCUCCGAGCUCGUCGCCCUCGGCCGCGCCAAGCCCACCGCCUCGGCUGACGCCAUGUACGACCAGCGCCUUUUCAACCGCGCAGGCGGGCUUGGCGACACCAUCGACCCCGACAAGGAUGGCGGCGCUGGCUUCUCCGGCUCGCUCUUUGCUGCCCAGCGCCAGCGGGCCUUUGUCCCCUCGGCAGAGACCAUCGCCGCCACCGCCAGCAAGGCCUUCACCGGCUCCUCCUCGCGCCAGGCCGGCCGCCCGGUCGAGUUCGAGAAGCACGGUGCCUCGACCGCCGCCUCGACAUCCCAGGCCCAGCCCACCUCUAUCGACCCGGCCGCCGCCCCCGCCGCCGAUCCAUAUGGUCUCAGUACCUUUAUGAGCAGCAAACGCAAGUAG